AUGGCCGCCAUUUUUGAGCAACCAAGGAACGGCACUCUGUUCCUUGGCGGACAGAAGAUCUCUGGCGCAGACAUCCGGGAUCAGAACGUCCUCGCUACCCAAGCGAUCGCGAAUGUCGUUAAGAGUUCGUUUGGCCCCAGCGGCCUCGAUAAGAUGAUGGUCGACGAUAUCGGUGAUGUCACCGUGACCAACGAUGGCGCGACCAUCCUGAGCCUCCUCGAUGUCGAACACCCUGCUGGCAAGAUCCUGGUCGACCUCGCGCAACAACAAGACAAGGAAGUCGGCGAUGGCACGACAUCAGUUGUUCUGAUCGCGGCCGAGCUGCUUAAGCGGGCAAACGAUCUGAUGAAGAACCGGAUACACCCUACCACCAUCAUUACGGGCUAUCGCCUGGCCCUUCGUGAGGCCGUCAAGUACAUGAACGAGCACGUCAGCAUCAAGGUUGAGAACCUGGGGCGUGAGUCGCUACUCAAUAUCGCCAAGACCUCCAUGUCCAGCAAGAUCAUCGGUGCUGAUGCCGAUUUCUUCGCCAACAUGGUGGUUGACGCUAUCCAGGCCGUCAAGACUACCAACAACAAAAACGAGGUCAAGUACCCGGUAAAGGCGGUCAACAUCCUCAAGGCUCACGGCAAGAGUGCUACUGAGUCGAUGCUCAUCAAGGGCUAUGCGCUCAAUUGCACUGUCGCCUCUCAGGCCAUGAAGACCCGGAUAACAGACGCCAAGAUUGCUUGCUUGGACAUGAAUCUUCAGAAAGAGCGCAUGAAGCUGGGUGUUCAGAUUACUAUUGACGAUCCAGAGCAGCUGGAGGCUAUUCGGGCCCGGGAAGCCACAAUGGUCCUCGAGAGGAUUGACAUGAUCCUCAAGGCUGGCGCCAACGUCAUUCUAACCACCAAGGGCAUCGACGACCUCUGCUUGAAGGCGUUCGUCGAGAAGGGUGCCAUGGCUGUUCGCCGUUGCAAGAAAGAGGACCUCCGCCGGAUUGCCAAGGCCACUGGCGCCACGCUCCUGGCGACCUUCUCGGACCUUAACGGCGACGAGAAGUUUGAGCCAUCUUACCUUGGCCAUGCUGAGGAGGUAGUUCAGGAGCGUAUUGCCGACGACGAGUGCAUCCUCAUCAAGGGUACCAAGGCACACUCUUCUGCCUCUAUCAUCCUCCGUGGCCCCAACGAGUUCACUCUGGACGAGAUGGAGCGGUCAGUCCACGACAGCCUGUGCGCUGUCAAGAGGACUUUGGAGAGUGGCAGCAUCGUCCCGGGUGGUGGUGCUGUCGAGACGGCCUUGCAUAUCUUUCUGGAGGAGUUCGCGGGCACCGUUGGGUCGCGCGAGCAGCUCGCUAUCGGUGAGUUUGCGCAGUCGUUGCUUGUCAUUCCCAAGACGCUGGCUAUCAACGCGGCCAAGGAUGCCUCGGAGCUCGUGGCUCAGCUGCGGUCAAGGCACGCCCUGUCGCAGCGGAUCCAGGAGGGCGAGGGCAGUGAGGACGAGAAGACGAUCGCGAAGAAGAAGGCCUACAAGAACUACGGUCUGGAUCUGGUGAGGGGCAAAGUUGUGGAUGAGAUCAAGGCGGGUGUGGUAGAGCCGAGUAUUAGCAAGAUUCGCCAGCUGAAGAGCGCGACAGAGGCCUGCAUUGCUAUUAUGCGGAUUGAUACCCUGAUCAAGCUGGAUCCAGAGCCGCAGCCGGAAGAUGAUGGACACGAUCAUUAG